AUGCCUAAGGUCCUAGAAGAUUACCAAAAGAUAUUUUUGAAGCUGGCAAUUGAAUGUCAUGCCCUAAGAUUUGGUUCUUUCCAAUUGAAAUCCGGAAGAGAGUCUCCAUACUUCUUCAACCUGGGGUUGUUUAACUCUGGUAAGCUUCUGUACCACGUUGCCACUGCUUAUGCCAUUGCCAUCAUCCAUUCAGAUUUGAAGUUCGAUGUCAUUUUCGGUCCUGCUUACAAAGGCAUUCCGUUGGCAGCAAUUGUGUGUGUCAAAUUAGCUGAAAUAGGGGGAAGUAAAUACGAACAUAUCCAAUAUUCAUUCAACAGAAAAGAAAAGAAGGACCACGGUGAAGGUGGUAGCAUUGUAGGUGCCGAGUUAGCUGAUAAAAGAAUUUUAAUUAUCGAUGACGUCAUGACUGCAGGUACUGCCAUCAACGAAGCCUUCGAUAUAAUUAAAGCUGAAAAAGGUGUUGUGGUUGGGUCGAUAAUAGCUUUAGAUAGACAAGAGAUCGUAGAUUUAGAGUCCAGAGAUGGAUUAAGCGCCACUCAAUCUGUUUCAAAAAGAUACAAUAUCCCAGUUUUGAGUAUCGUUACAUUAACUGAUAUUAUUCAAUACCUAGAAGGUAGAAUUACACCUGAAAAGAAAGAUAAAAUACAGGAAUAUCGUCAAAAGUAUGGUGUAUUAUAA